AACCUACAGGCGGUACUAACCGGAACUACGUCAUGAAUCAGGGACCCAGCCCACCGGCGUCUGGCGGGAAACGUGACUGUCAACAUCAUCGAAUUGAGGAGUACGAGUGUGCACAAUGGUUCAAAUAGUCAUAAGAGGAAGUGUUGAUGGCAGCAGUCCUCCUGAGUGGCUGUUGAUCGAGCUGCAGGGAGAGAUGAUCUCCAGACACAACUCUGGUCUGGCAGGUAAUGUAAUGGGAGACCUGCUUUACACCAAAGAGGGGGUGCCUGUGUUAAUUGUAGGACAUCACAUAUUGUACGGGAAGCAGGUCAAACUGGAAAAACCCUUUGCCGUCCUUACUAAGCAUCCUGCCCAAUCACAGGACGUUAUGGACAGCACCGACUACCACAAUGCCUCCCAGGUUGCCGUGAAAACCGAGCUGCAUGUCUCAACCUCCUACUCCGUGUCGGCACUCAUCAAGAGGAAACUUAUCUUUAAGACGCGACCCAAACCCAUCAUCACUAAUGUACCCAAGAAAGUAUAAUGUAUAAACUGUAUAUUUGGUGGCCGAUAUUAUAAAUACAGAGGUUUUAUAUUUGUGCCUGCAACCCUAACUGAAUUUUUCAGCUAAUGCCAUGAUGUGUUUAGGCUGACCUGUCUUCAAGAGAAAAAAAAAAAAACUUUGACAAUCAUGUCAAAGCUUAGUCAAUUGAGGCCGUAUUUCCAAAUGCUGUUGUCAUUUAAUGUCGUAUUGAGAUUUAGCAUUUCUGUUUUGAUACUUGACUGUUUUGGGGCAAAGCAUUAAAGCAAGUAAGUAGA